AUGGUAGAGUUAUUAGCGCAUUAUGAUGAUGUGAUGAAACAAGUCAUAUCAAUGCCUUCAGAAAAAAUUAUUUCAAAUAUAAGUUCAGCUCCUUUUUUUUCUCUUAUGCUAGACACAACGCAAGAUAUAGCCAAAAAAGAUCAGUUAAGCAUUAUAAUAAGAACAGUUCACAUAAUUAGAGAUUUGAAUAACAUAGCGACAAGUUUUGAAAUAAAGGAAAACUUUUUAAGGUUUUAUGAAUUAAAAGAUCAAUCUGCUCAAGGUAUGUCUGAAAAAAUUUUAAGUAUAUUAAAAGAUCUAAAUAUUCCUCUGAGUAAUUGUUAUGGUCAAGGGUAUGAUGGUGCCAAUAUAUUCGUUAUACUGUGGAUCUCCUCAAACAUACAAGGCAUAUCAUCAGAACCUCUAAACCAAUUAAACAAAGUUCUGCCAUCUUUUUCCGGAAUAAACAUAUAUCAUCAAGUUAGAGAUCGAAAACCAAAACCGUUUCAUCGAUCACCUAAACCGAGAAUUCCGCAUCACAAUCUGCCCAAAGGAAGCUUAUUCGAACCACACAUUCCGUCAUGCAAACAUCAAAUCGACAACCAUGAAAUGCCGCACAAUUUUGGUGAAUUUUUAAGCCCACCACCGCAUGAACAUAAACCUUCGUUUAAACAUCAAGGAAAAGUAUCGGAAGAAAUUUACGAUUUAAUAUUAAAACGACCAGAUUUUUUUGAGGAUUAUGAAACGUCUUCAGAGAAGAGUAUAUCUUUUGAGACCAAAGAACACGAAGACGUGCUAAAUCCAGUGCAUAUUCCAUCUUUCAACAACCCGAAAUUAUCUAAAGAUUUUAACAAAAACAGUUAUAAUACACCGGGAGCUCGCGAUUCAUAUGGUAACCCAAUAAAGAAAAAUACUUUUAUUAGUGGUUUUAAUAACUACGAUAAAAACUUUAGUUUUAACGAAGAUGAAAACUACAACUUAGAACCCUACCUGAACGUCUAUGAUAUACUAAAAUCCAAACAACCAGCGGCCUUUUCAAAAAAUGCAAUACAAUACAGUGUUGAUAAGAAAACCGGUGAAAAAGUGGAAGAUUACUUUGCGGUUAACUUUAACGUAGACUUUAUAGAAGAAAGUAAACAACAUGAUCAUCAAGACCAUAACAAGCAAAAUGCAGAACAUUUAUUAAAUAGCAAGAACAGUUUUGAAGAAAUACGAUAUCCAAAUCAUAGGUAUGAAGUUUGA